CCUGAUUAUUUCUGAUUCACCAAAUUGCAAGUCCUCCAAAUCCACCCUAUCGUAAUUCGUAAAUUACCAUAACACACCAGCUAAACCUAAAGCCCUCGCACUCCCCUCUUCGCUCAGACUCUCUCUCGUCCCGGCGUCGGAGUUGAACUCACUUGGGCGAAGUGCCGAUUUUAUUCGGUAAGUAGUAAUCCGACACCCUUGAUUUCUGGAUUUAGAGAAGUUAGCAAAAUUUUAUGAUUUCUUCUUGGGUUUCCAUCAAUUAGCGAGGUUUUUUCGAUUGAUUGUCUGCAAAUUCCAUUUAGGUUAGUGUAAAUUUUAACUAUUACAAUACAAAUUUCGAUUUUUUUGAAUCUGGAAUCUGGUGUCUGGUGGUGGUAUUAUGAAAUUUGAGAUUUGAAAAUACUAGGGUUUUGUCGAACAAAUCAAAAUGGAAAAUUUCAAGAGUGGUUCGAGGAGGGAUGACACGGAAAAAGAUAGGGCGAGAAGGAGAGGAAGUGAUAGGCGGGAGAGGGAGGAGAAGGAGGAAGAUGGGAAGGGGAAAUUUUCUGAGGAAAGGGACAAUGAGAGAAUGGAUGUUAAGAAGAGAGGUGGGGAUCGUCGACGGAGUGAUUCCGAGAAUUCUGGUGGGAAUAGGAGCGAUUCUUCUGAUUUGGAGCCACGACGUCGGAAUGAUAGGCGUACCAGUGAGAGGGAUGUGAGAGAAAAGGAUACGGGGAGGUGGAGAGGUGGUGAGAGGCGAGAGCGGGUGCAGGAGCAACCGAGGAGAAGGUUUGAGGCAGACCGAGAUGGGAAUAGGAAUGAGCGUGGUGUGAGUGAUUCAGAGAGCUCUGGUAAAGAGCAGGAUAGGAAGAGAAGUGAGAGGCAAGAGAAGGAGCAACCUGUGAAGAAUUUGGACGAGGAAGAAGAUGAUGAUGGGGGGAAUAGGAAGAGAAGAGAUAACAGGGAGAAGAAUGGGCAACGAGAGAACGGAUCUGAGAGUUCUGGUGAAGAGAGGGACAUGAAGAGAAGUGGGAAACGAGAGCAGGAGAAACCUAGGAAAAGGUUGGAUGAGGAAGAAGCUGGUGAUGGGAAGAAGAAUGGGCAUCCAGAGAACGAUUCAGGGAGUUCUGGCGAAGAGAGGUACAAGAAGAAAGGUGAGAGACGAGAAAAGGAACAUCAUAAGAAGAGGUCAGAUGACAAAGAAGAAGAUGGAAAAGAGAGACUUAUCGAGGGCAGGCAUGGUAGAAGAAGGGAUGAAAGAAACAGCAGGAUUGAGCGUCGAGCGAGUGAUUCAGAAAGUUCUGGUGAGGAGGAUAGGCGACGGGAUAGAGAAAGGCGCCGACGGGAAAGAGAGAGGAGAAAGCACCGAUAUGACUCGGAUGAUUCUUCGGAUUCUGAUGGGCGUAGGAAGAGGCAUAGUAAUCGAAGGAGUGAUCAGAGAGAGAGGAAACAAAGACGUGAUCUUGAGGAAGGAGAAAUAAGAUCAAAGAGAGAUAGGAAUGAGAAAGAUUCUGAAUUGAAGAAAGAGGGCAGAGAUGGGAAAGGAGAAGAACCUGCAAAGCCACAAACACAGACUACCACAGAAAUUGGCAAUCCAGGUGGUGAUCUUGCUACCCUUGGGAGGACUGGGGGAGUGUAUAUUCCACCAUUUAAGUUGGCUCGAAUGAUGAAAGAGAUUGACGACAAAAGCAGCAUGGAGUAUCAGCGUUUGACAUGGGAUGCCCUUAGGAAGAGUAUCAAUGGGUUGGUAAACAAAGUGAAUGCCAUUAAUAUCAAGAACAUAAUCCCAGAAUUGCUUGGUGAGAAUCUGAUCCGGGGAAGGGGUCUGUUUUGUCGAUCAUGCAUGAAGUCCCAGAUGGCAUCACCAGGGUUUACUGAUGUGUUUUCUGCACUGGUUGCUGUGGUCAAUACUAAGUUCCCUGAAAUUGGGGAACUUCUUUUGAAAAGGAUUAUUUUGCAGCUAAAGAGAGCUUACAAGCGCAAUGAUAAGCCUCAACUAAUGGCUGCUGUUAAAUUCAUAGCACAUCUCGUGAACCAGCAAGUCGCUCAUGAGCUUGUUGCUUUGGAGUUGCUCACCAUUCUGUUGGAGCAGCCUACUGAUGACAGCGUUGAAGUUGCGGUUGAUUUUGUCAAAGAAUGUGGCUCUGUUCUUCAGGACCUCUGUCCCAAGGCUUUGCAUGGCAUCUUCGAACGUUUUCGAGGGAUUCUUCACGAAGGAGAAAUCGACAAAAGGGUCCAAUUUUUGAUUGAAGGCCUGUUUGCCAUUAGAAAAGCUAAAUUCCAGGGACAUCCAGCUGUCCGGCCUGAACUGGAUCUUGUGGAUCCAGAAGAUCAGCUCACGCAUGAGGUGUCACUGGAAGAUGAGAUAAAUCCUGAGACUGGUCUUGACAUUUUCAAGCAAGACCCUAAUUUCACGGAAAACGAGAGAAGAUAUGAAGAGUUGAAGAAAUCGAUACUAGGAGACGAGUCAGAGGACGAGGAUGGUUCUGAUGCUGGUUCUGAUGAUGAUGAUGAGGACGAUGAUGAAGACGACGAAGACGAUGAAGAGCAGCAAAUGCAGAUAAAAGAUGAAACAGAAACCAACCUUAUAAAUCUCCGAAGAACUAUAUAUUUAACAAUUAUGUCCAGUGUAGAUUUUGAAGAAGCUGGCCACAAAUUGCUGAAAAUCAAACUUGAGCCCGGGCAAGAGAUGGAGUUGAAUAUAAUGUUAUUGGAGUGCUGCAGCCAGGAGAGGACAUAUCUCAGAUAUUAUGGUCUGUUAGGCCAAAGGUUUUGUAUGCUCAACAGAGUGUAUCAGGAGAAUUUUGAUAAGUGCUUUGUUCAGCAGUACUCCAUGAUACAUAGACUUGAGACAAACAAGCUGCGAAAUGUAGCCAAGUUUUUUGCUCACUUGCUAGGCACUGAUGCUCUCCCUUGGCACGUGUUAGCUUAUAUACGUUUGACAGAGGAGGAUACGACUUCUUCAUCGCGUAUCUUCAUCAAAAUCCUUUUCCAGGAAUUGUCGGAGCACCUUGGUAUCCGGUUGCUCAAUGAAAAACUGAAUGACCCUACAAUGCAGGAAUCCUUCGAUUCAAUAUUUCCCAAAGAUAAUCCUAGAAACACACGGUUUGCUAUCAACUUCUUUACGUCCAUAGGGCUUGGAGGAAUAACUGAGAAUCUGAGGGAGUACCUUAAGAACAUGCCACGAAUGAUAAUGCAACAACAGAAACCAGAGUCAGAAGAUGAGUCUGGAUCUGGUUCUGGUUCUGGUUCUGGUUCUGAUUCUGAUUCAAGUUCAUCAGGCUCGGGGUCAUCAUCCUCUGCUGAAUCUGAUUCAAGUUCGUCAAGCUCUGAUGAUGAUAGGCGCAGGAAAAGGAAGAAGGAUGAUAGCAGUAGUGGUAGACAUAGGAAACGGAGGAAGGGAGAUUAGGAAACACACUGAAACCUCUUCUUCCUAGCACUGUCUUGCAUUGGAGAAACAAGUCAUAUUUCAAAUGUAGGUGACACUAAAGAUGGAAAUAGAAUUUGUACUAGUGUAGCUGAGAAUUUUAUUCAAGGUUUUGAAGUUUUGUAAUUACUUGGUUCACUUUUUCUCGUAAAGUUUUUGUCAAAAAUAUUUACGGUUUCGUGAAAGACAGCCAUUUAUCAACUCUUUUCUCA